AUGACUCGUACAUCAAUCAAGAGUUAUCUGCUGGAAAACCCAGAAGCAGUUCUGGUCCUAGAUGGUGGGCAAGGGACUGAGCUUGAGAACCGGGGCAUACAGGUGGCCAACCCGGUGUGGUCGACGAUACCGUUUAUCAAUGAGUCUUUUUGGUCAGAUCCGGCCUCCAAAGACCGAGAAAUCGUCAAGAGCAUGUACCAAGCUUUUUUAAAGAGCGGGGCGCAAGUCUUAAUGACAGUGACAUACCAAGCUAGCUUCAAGUCGGUAUCGGAAAAUACGCGCAUAAAAACGCUUCCGCAGUACACCGAAUUGCUGACCAAGAUUGUCAGUUUUUCUCGUGAAUGCAUUGGAAGCGACAAAUGGCUAGUGGGAUGCAUUGGCGCUUGGGGUGCACACAACUGUUCAGAGUUUACCGGAGAGUAUGGUCCAGAGCCCGAAAAGAUUGAUUUCUUGGAAUAUUUCGAACCCCAGCUGUCCACCUUCAAUGUCAGCGAUGAUUUGGACAUGAUAGGGUUUGAAACAAUUCCCAAUUUCCAUGAACUAAAAGCUAUCCUCUCGUGGGACACCUCCAUUAUUUCCAAACCAUUCUUCAUUGGGCUCUCUGUGCAUGAGAAUGGAUUGUUAAGAGACGGAACCACUAUGGAAGAAAUUGGAAGGUAUAUCAAAUCAUUGGGUUCGAAUCUAAAUCCAAACUUUUUUUUGAUCGGCGUGAACUGCGUUAGUUUUAACCAUUCGAGCGAGAUGCUGGAAUCGCUGCACCGAGAACUACCAGAUUUCCCCCUAAUUGCGUACCCAAACAGUGGCGAAGUAUACGACACAGUAAAGAAAGUUUGGAAUCCCAAAGAGUCGCACACCUAUACCUGGGAUGAUAUCGUGAAAAAAUACAAAGCGAGCGGCGUCAGAAUCAUUGGAGGCUGCUGUAGGACAACACCUAGCGAUAUCGAGGCCAUCAGUGAAGCAGUUCACCAGUCUAGACAGCAAUAA